CCUAACAGGCUUCACGCUAACCCCCUUGAUAUGGGUCCACUUUCCAGUGAAGUCGAAUUUCUAACUGAAUCGUGAAUUUUUGGCCUUGCCAAGAAAUCAAAUAUAAGUGAAAUGCCACCAAAAGGAAAAGGUGGCAGGGCUGGGAAAGGCGCAGGUGCUUCAGGAACCGGUGACGCCGAUAAGAAAGAGAAGAAAGAAAAAGGAGGAACCGCUGUUAAGGUUCGACAUAUCCUUUGUGAAAAGCAUGGAAAAUGUAUGGAGGCAAUGGAGAAACUCAAGUCAGGUGUUCGGUUUAGUGAGGUGGCAUCGCAGUACAGUGAAGAUAAAGCCAGACAAGGCGGUGACCUUGGCUGGAUGACAAGAGGGUCCAUGGUGGGACCAUUCCAGGAUGCAGCCUUUGCCCUGCAAGUCAGCUCAAUGGACAAACCUGUGUACACAGACCCUCCUGUCAAAACAAAGUUUGGCUAUCACAUUAUCAUGGUGGAGGGCAAAAAAUGAUGAGAACUUCUGCCAACCCAAGAACAUUCUUUGAUGAGUGUACCAGUUUUUUGGUCUUACCGAAGUGUUGAAGCGAUGUGAAUUUGCCAUUUUGUCUGCAUAUUUUUAGCCAAUCCCUUGAAGAGUGAAUGAAAGAUGAAAACCAAAUGACUGACUUCGUGUUUUUCCAGUUUGGCAAAUUUAUUUCCAAAGCUGUCAAGCACAGUUAGUGAAUAUUAGGUGGACCUUAUCUAUAUUCCCAGUGUGUGUGGGACUAUACAAUUUUGCCAAUUCUCUCAAUAUGCCUCCUCCUCACUUUGUGCACUUCUGCGGUAAACCAAAUACAAAUUCAAGACCUGUUGAAAUAAAAUCACAGAUGACAGCC